CUCCGAUCCGGAAAGAUAUUUUUCUUUUUCUUAGGCGUUUUUGUCUAUUCAUAUCCUUAUUUUUCGUUUUUUUUUCCCGUAUAUAGGACGUUCUGUAGUAUACAUAAAACAAGUCGGAUCUGAAUGGGUAACAGUCUCCCGAGCAGACGUACAGUGGGUAACAUCGUGUCACCACUGGUGAUAACUAAAAAGGCAUCCUCUUAAAAAAAAAAAGCACAGCUCGCUAUCAGUUUUUAGCUGUGCUCUGACCGGCUGUGCUUACCAUCAUUGGAAAGUGAACUGCGUUCCUCCCCGUGUGCGUCCUUCACUGUCCUUUCCCCAGACGACCACAUGGACCACAUGGACCUCGGUGCCGCCGCCCGCAGGAUCCAGCGGCGCUGGCGCUCGCACCGGGACCGGCGCCUGUUCCGCCUGCUGAAGCACACGGUCUGCGCGGCGGAGCACUGCCUGACCCCAGAGGUCCUGCGCAAGGUCAGCCCCCGCGAGGCCGAGCUGCUGAGGGACCCCAGCCUGCAGUGCACGGUCCGCUUCAGGUUUUGUGGUUCAGAGUUCCCUCCUGUGAUUGUGUUCAAGAUCUUUCACCACAGAGGAGGGGGCAAAUACUUCAGUGGGAGCGCGAUCCGCCCGGCGAGCGAGGCCGCGUCUGACGCCUGCAGGAUGAUGGGCAGGAGGGCCUUCUUCAGCCAGCUCAGGCUGGACAACGCCCAGCGGGCGAGGUGGAGGAUAGUGGACGUGGCCGACGUCACGUGCGCGAAAGACUACAUGCAGCGGCGAGGGCGGGAAAGACUAGGCCUGACCGAGCAAACCUCCUGUCUGCAGUACAACAGCCACCUGGACGAGACGCCGGCGUGCCUGGGAGGACGAGAGAACACCUGGAGGACCCUGUCUCUGGAGGGGCUGCGCAGAACUCCCCUGGCAUGCCCUGCAGACCCCGCCCUGUUGGGGGCGCUGUGGCACAACAGGGCAGGACCAAACCAGCCUGGGCCCCCUCAGCAGCUCAGAUCCCCUGCAGUCCCUCCCUCCUCGGUCGCCUCCGUGAGAAGGCCCGGCCCGCCGCAGCCCGUCAGUGCCAAGCCCUCGUCCCGGCGGUCCAGCAGAGCCCGGCACACAGCUGCCAAGAUGAGGGAUCUGUACUCUCUGCAGCGCGACAGGAAGAAGGAUGAGGAGGAGCGGGCUUCUCCACAUGUGGCGGUCCUUGCUGAGCUCCAGGACGUCAUUCCAGCGGAUAUCCCCGGAGACAAAGCCCGGUUCUCUGAAGAAGAGUGGGAGGAAGAGGCGGAGAGGCUCUACUCCUGGACUAAACAGCUUUCCCUUGAUGAUCUGGGCAUGGCCUCACCUGCCUGCACACCCGAGAAGAUAUAAAACCCAGCCACGAUGACCAGAGAACCCUCACUAUUCAUCUACGCACUCCAAACUAUAAAUUUCACACUCCAUUCAAGGCCUUAGUCCUCUACACACAGAACUGUACUGUCUUUCACCAGCUAUCCUGUGGCGUUUUGUUCAGAAACCCCUUGUACACAAAAAGUAUACUGUCGGCAAAUUCUUCCACUACCCUAAAUACAUUUCAGCAAUGUUCCAGCCA